AGAAACGGAGGGAACCGGAGAGGAACCAGAGACCGAGACCGGGAGUCCGCCUCUGACACAGUCCGGCCGUAGACAGGAAACUGUCGCAGAAGAAGAAGAAGUAGUAGAAGUGGGUCGGAGUUGCUGGUAGAACCCCCACCCUCCGGUCCGGUGGGUUUCGGAGCGAACAUGGAACGGACCGGAACUUUCCUGCUCUCCGUGUCUUUUUUACUGGUUUCACUGGGGCUAACGGGGUCGCGAGCGGACACCUUCAAAGCCUGCCUGUCCAGUCAGUCUCCAGACUGCACUCUGGUCCAGUCCAAAGAUGAUGACUUCGACUGGGAGCAGGGGGACACCAGAGGUCGUCCUGGAAGCAGCCCCCGGAUCCCUGCAGGUUCUCCCUUCCUGUUUGUUAACACUUCGGGCCAUUACGGAGGCCAGCGCGCUCAGCUGCUGCUGCUGCCGCUCAAAGAGAACGACACACACUGUGUCAGCUUCAGGUUCUAUCAGGCAGGAGGCCGCGAGGGCGCCGCACCCGCCACGCUUAAUGUCUACAUCAAAGAGAACAACAAUCCUCUGGGAAUCCCAGUCUUUAACUCGUCAGGCCCCGCCUACCACACAUGGAAAGAGGUGGAGCUUGCUGUGUCCACCUUCUGGCCAAAUUACUACCAGGUGGUGUUUGAGGCAGUCAGCACUGGACAGAGAGGACUUCUGGCCAUCAAGGACAUCACACUGCAAGGACAUGAGUGCAUGGGCACGCCUCACUUCCUACACAUUAAGGGUGUGGAGGUGAACGCCAGACAGACAGCCACGUUUCAGUGUACCGUGAAUGGACGCCCGCAGAGCAACCUGCUGCUCUACCUGCAGGGGAUGGGCGGACGCCAGGCGGUUGUCAGGGAAACCAAACCUGUAAACCAACGGCGCUACGUAGCAAGUUUUGAUGUGGAAAACACGACUAAAGGUGACACGGGACGGUAUCGCUGCAUGGCCCAAUCAGAGCACGGUGUGAGCGUGUCCUCCUAUGCUGACCUCACAGUGAAACAGCCACCUGUACCAAUUGCACCUCCUCAGCUGACAGCGGUGGGCGCCACCUACCUGUGGAUCCAGCUCAAUGCCAACUCCAUCAAUGGAGAUGGUCCCAUAAUUGAGAGAGAGGUUGAGUACCGUACCAUGUCUGGAAUGUUGAUUGACACCACACCUGUGGAUAAACCCACCCACAAAAUUGGACACUUGGACCCUGACACUGAGUACGAGAUCAGUGUGCUGUUGACCAGGCCCCUGGACGGAGGCACGGGAAACCCCGGACCACCACUCAGAGCCAGGACCAAGUGUGCAGAUCCCAUGCAUGGCCUGCGGCGCCUGGAGGUCGUCGAGAUUCAGUCCAGACAGGUGACCGUACGAUGGGAACCAUUUGGAUACAAUGUGACCCGCUGCCACACCUACAACCUGACUGUCCAGUACCGCUACAAGGCAACAGGAGCCCUGAGCAGGGAUUCGUUGAUGGAGGAGGUGGUCUACGACACUCUGAGCUCAACGCCGCAGCACACAGUCCGAAACCUUUCACCGUUCACCAAUGUUAGCCUGAGGCUGGUUCUGAGCAACCCAGAGGGGAGCAAGGAGAGCGAGGAGCUGCUGGUGCUGACGGACGAGGAUGUUCCUGGAGCGGUUCCUGUGGACUCCAUUCUGGGUAGCAGCUAUGAGCAGCAGAUCAGUCUGAGCUGGAGGGAACCGCUGCAGACCUACGGACUCAUCCGACAGUACGAGAUCUCCUACAAAGCUCUGAGCUCCUUCGACACAGAGUUCGACCUGUCCAAUCAGAGUGGAAAGGUGUUCAAACCGGCCAAUGAGACGAGCCAUGUGUUCACUGGCCUCUAUCCAGGAUCCACCUACUCCUUUACAAUAAGAGCCUCUACCAUUAAAGGCUUUGGACCGCCAGUCAUCACACAGUUCACCACCAAGAUCUCAGCUCCACUGAUGCCGGCCUACGAUCAGGAGUCUCCUCUGAACCAGACUGACUCCACCGUCACUGUUGUGUUGAAGCCGGCUCAGAGCCGGGGAGCUCCAGUCAGCAAAUACCAGGUGGUGGUGGAGGAAGAGCGCCCCCGCAGGCAGAGGAGGGGUACUGCAGAGAUCCUGCGUUGUUAUCCGGUGCCCAUUCACUUCCAGAAUGCCACGCUGCUCAACUCUCAGUAUUACUUCAGCGCAGAGCUGCCAAUGGGGGAGCUGCGGACGCCAGUGCCCUUCUGUGUGGGUGAUAACAGGACCUACAGCGGCUACUGGAAUGCGCCUUUGCUGCCACACAAGAGCUAUGGGAUCUACUAUCAGGCUGUCAGCACCGCUAAUGGGGAGACAAAGAUCGACUGUGUGCGAGUUGCCACCAAAGCUGCUAUAAUCGCCACCCAGCUCACCACGCCGUAUGUCCACAUCGCCCCAGCAGCCGGUGACAAGCAACUCACAGGGGCUGCGACCAGGAAACCUGAACCAGAACAGGAGAAACCAUCGGAUCAUACGGUUACGAUAGCUGGAGCCAUCGCGGCCAUCCUGCUCUUCAUCAUCAUCUUCCUUGGAGUUGUCCUGCUGAUGAAGAAACGAAAGUUGGCGAAGAAGAGGAAGGAAACGCUGAGCUCCAGACAGGAAAUGACUCUGAUGGUCAACAGCUCCCAGCACACAACCACCGUGGACACACACACCCACACGCUGAACGGGCGCACUGUGUCGUCACCAUCCUCCUUCACACUGAAGACCAACACCAUCAGCACCACCAUCCCCAACUCCUACUACCCAGAUCCCUUCGUACCAACAGCCAUACUGGUGCCCAUUAAUGACGACAGUCACACUAUGACCAGUGAAACCAGUAGCCUGGUCCAGUCGCACUACAAGCAGCGGGAGUCGGAGCGAGAAGCCCUGCCUUAUCAGACGGGUCAGCUGCACCCAGCCAUCCGAGUGGCCGACCUGCUGCAGCACAUCACUCAGAUGAAGUGUGCUGAAGGCUACGGCUUUAAGGAGGAGUAUGAGAGUUUUUUUGAGGGACAGUCGGCUCCGUGGGAUUCGGCCAAGAAGGAUGAGAACCGCAUGAAGAAUCGCUACGGCAACAUCAUCGCCUACGACCACUCUCGUGUGCGGCUGCAUUCUCAAGAUGGAGACGGAGGUUCUGAUUACAUCAACGCCAACUACAUUGAUGGUUACCACAGGCCUAACCACUACAUCGCUACGCAAGGUCCCAUGCAGGAGACAGUGUAUGACUUCUGGUGCAUGGUUUGGCAAGAGAACACCGCUGCCAUUGUCAUGGUAACCAACCUGGUGGAGGUGGGGCGGGUGAAGUGCUGUAAGUACUGGCCUGAUGACACGGAGAUCUACGGCGACAUGAAGGUGACACUGAUCGAGACUCAGCUACUGUCAGAAUACGUGAUCCGGACCUUUGCUGUGGAGAAGGUAACAUGGUUCAGGUUCUGUAGGCAGACUUUGUUCCACUGUCCUUUAAACCAAGCUUUUCUGUUGUUCUGUUCUUGUCAGAGAGGAGUAGCAGAGAUCAGAGAGAUCCGGCAGUUCCAUUUCACUGGUUGGCCUGAUCAUGGAGUCCCACUUCAUGCCACUGGCCUGCUGGGCUUCGUCCGCCGUGUGAAAGCCAAGAUCCCACCCACUGCAGGGCCCACUGUGGUCCACUGCAGUGCGGGGGCGGGACGUACCGGGUGUUUCAUUGUGAUUGACAUCAUGCUCGACAUGGCGGAGAGAGAGGGAGUGGUCGACAUCUACAACUGCGUCAGAGAGCUGAGAGCCCGAAGGGUUAACAUGGUCCAGACGGAGGAGCAGUACGUCUUCAUCCACGAUGCCAUUCUGGAGGCGUGUCUCUGUGGCGACACUGCGAUUCCAGCCAACCAGCUGCACUCAGUUUAUUACGAGAUGAACCGAUUAGAACCUCAGACCAACUCCAGUCAGAUCAAAGAGGAGUUCAGGACUCUGAACAUGGUGACACCGACACUGCGGGUGGAGGACUGCAGUAUUGCCCUGUUGCCUAGGAACCACGAGAAGAACCGGUGUAUGGAUGUUCUGCCUCCGGACCGCUGCCUUCCGUUCCUCAUCACCAUCGAUGGAGAGAGCUCCAACUACAUCAACGCUGCUCUGAUGGACAGCUACAAGCAGCCGUCAGCCUUCAUUGUUACCCAGCAUCCUCUCCCCAACACGGUGAAGGACUUCUGGCGUUUGGUCCUGGACUACCACUGCACGUCCAUCGUCAUGCUGAACGAUGUGGAUCCUGCACAGCUGUGUCCUCAGUACUGGCCGGAGAACGGCCUGCAUCGCCUCGGCUCCUUGCAGGUGGAGUUUGUCUCUGCAGACCUGGAGGAGGAUGUCAUCAGCCGCAUCUUCAGAAUCUACAACACAGCCAGGCCACAGGACGGCUACCGCAUGGUGCAGCAGUUCCAGUUCCUGGGCUGGCCGAUGUACCGGGACACGCCUGUCUCCAAGCGCUCCUUCCUCAAACUGGUUCAUCAGGUGGACAAAUGGCAGGAGGAGUACGACGGUGGGGACGGACGCACUGUGGUCCACUGCCUGAAUGGAGGGGGUCGCAGCGGCGUUUUCUGCAGUAUAAGUAUAGUCUGCGAGAUGUUGCGACAGCAGCGCUGUGUUGACGUCUUUCACGCUGUAAAAACGCUCAGAAACAACAAACCAAACAUGGUGGACCUGCUGGAACAGUAUAAGUUUUGUUAUGAAGUAGCUCUGGAGUAUCUCAACUCUGCUUAGCUUCAACAAGAGACAGUCCUUCAUCAUCCUCAUUGUCCCCUGUGACUGACGGAGGAAGAGGUGAUGUCUACUACUGAGUGAAGAGGGGAACAGACAGGAGAUGUAAGGACGAGGAGGUUUUGCACUGCGUUGUUUGACUGAACCACGAGGACACACUGGACUCCAGCAGACCCAUUAAUUCUCACGUUUUUAUAUUAAUGUGUUUUUUUACAUUUGUGUUCAUGUGUUAAAACAAAUUAGAACCAAAUCCAGAUCAGACUGGACCGUCUGAUCUGGGAUUGCUCAUCGGCCUCAGUCAUCAUGUGACCAACACCUGUGUGCCAGGAUACACCUAUAGUCUGAGUCCUUGUCUAGAACUUUCCAAAUUUUGCUCAUGAAAUUAGCUGAAGGCAGUAGUCCCAUGGCAAUGGGAACUCCAAUUGUCUUUCCCCCAGUUUCCAAGUAAAUUUAGUAAAAGCUAUUUUUCUAAUUGUCUUAUAUUUAUUCAAGUCUCAACCAGAACCAUCUUUAAACCCAGACAGCAGGUAAGGAGGUUUAACAGCUGAACCCUGGAAAGGCAUAUCUUAUAGUUUUAGUUUAAUUAAGUGAUUGUUUUUUGUUAUUUACAGUAUUAAGUAAAACAUCAAUGCUUCAGCUUGUCUGAAUUAGCUUCUCAUAGUAUUUAAAUCAUAAAAACGGUUGACGACAGGACAGGUGUUAUUUUCUUGGAAAGCAGAUUUCAAAUUUAGACGUCAUCUGCGACGGGCAGGUCAGGGUUGGGUAAAUGAAAUUUGACUAACUAUACAGGACACUUCAUGAAGAUUCAGCAUAAUGUUGUAAGUGUAAGUGAAAACAGCAAUUAUUUUGUUAGCCCAAAGGCAGCAAACAGUACACCCCUUGUGGGACACAGUGUGUUAGACACUAAAACUAAAAAUCAAAUUGAUUAUUGAUUAUUUGAUUAGUCACAAAACCAUGAUUUGGAAUAAACAUCACCCCAGAGUCUGAUCCUCACAUAAACAGAGCUUUUUAAUGCAGCACAGAUUUGGUUUUCUUUGUUUUCAGGAAUUCAGUCUGAUCAAUCAGUUUUCCCAGAGAAGCUUAGAUAAUGAAAACUCUCAUAGUUACCACCCAGUGUUUAUCUGCUAAUAAAGGUUGAGUGACAGGUCAAAAGUUCAGGAAAAUAACUUGACUUGAGAUUACUUUCCUCAGAAGGAAACACACAAGUCUGUACCAUAAACCUAAGAAUCACUAUCCACCUGUCUCGUACUUUGUUUUUAUUUUUACUGGUUCCGGUAAAACUGGAACUUUGAACCUGGACUUCUCCAUGUUCUUGUUUCUGGGUAUUCUCUCCUCAGUGGCUGGAUGGUGCUGGUUGGUGGUUUUGUCUUGGAUACUUGUGUGCUGUUAAUAAUGUACAUAGACCAGGAGGAGGCAGGAAGACGAAUAUUUAUUCCUUCAGUUGUUCUGUAUCAGUGCUGUUAUUGUUGUUUUUGUGAAGCACACAGAGAGACAAUCAUGUUGGAUUUUGAUGUUCAACCAUGAGAACCACACCACUUGACCACUUAUUAUUGGUCAAACCCUGGCAGUUACAGGUUGUGAUUUUGACUGAAUCCUGGUGAAGUAUGGCUCUGUAGACGAGAACAUUUGUUGUCAAAGCUUUUAUUUAUGUUGUAUGAUUCCAAAAUACUGCAAAUAAAAAUAUCUAUACACUCUUA